ACCCUCUGGGAGAGGAAGACCCUGUCCUGGCCUGGGAGAAGGGACCCGCGGCCGCUGCCGAGGCCCUGUGGUGCGGACGGAAGGGAGGGAAGGCCGGCCCGGGAGCUGCCAGGCCUUGUCCCGAAUUGGGUCCUUGCACCCAGUGUGCCAGAGGCCGAGCCACGCACAGAGCCCAGCUCUGAUUCCCUGAACAGCCUGUGGUCCCUGUGACUUCCAGCCACAGCCAUGGGAUUGUUUGACAAGCUGGCAGGAUGGCUUGGCCUGAAGAAAAAGGAGGUUCACGUCUUGUGCCUUGGCUUGGACAACAGCGGCAAAACAACGAUCAUCAAUAAACUUAAACCUUCAAAUGCUCAAACUCAGGACAUCGUUCCAACAAUAGGAUUCAGUAUAGAGAAAUUCAAAACUUCAAGUUUGUCUUUCACAGUGUUUGAUAUGUCAGGUCAAGGGAAAUACAGAGACCUCUGGGAACACUACUACAAAGAAGGCCAAGCCAUUAUUUUUGUCAUUGAUAGCAGUGACAAAUUAAGAAUGGUUGUGGCCAAAGAAGAACUUGACACCCUUCUGAAUCAUCCAGACAUCAAGCACCGCCGGCUGCCUAUUCUCUUCUUUGCUAACAAGAUGGACCUCAGGGAUGCAGUGUCAUCUGUGAAAGUGUCUCAGCUGCUGUCCUUAGAAAACAUCAAAGACAAGCCCUGGCAUAUCUGUGCCAGUGAUGCUCUUAAAGGAGAAGGAUUACAAGAAGGUGUGGAUUGGCUCCAAGGUCAGAUGCAAGCAAUGAAGACAUGAGAGAUAAAUAAAGGAUCUAUGGGGUUCUUUUACACCUUUUGUCAGUAGGUGAAGAACAAGUUCCUUGGAAAGGAAGAAUGAUUUGAAGAAGAUGAACAGUUCAGCUAAAAUAUCCUGUAUUGACUUGUUUCAGUUUAGUAUCUCUUCCAGGAAAACUGAAUGUAGACAACCUAGCACCUCAGGUAUGCACAUUGAUGAAUUAAAUUGAAUCUUGUGACCAGAGAGCAUAUACAAAAAAAAUAUUUGUGUUAACAAUAAACAUCUGCAUUCAUUUGAGGUUGAGGUGGUAAUUAGCCAUCAGUAAAUGCCCCUCUGUUUUUUGGGGGGACAUGUUUUAAGCAAAUGGGAAUAUUUAUUUUCCAGAGAAAGAAUAAUCAGCACUUCCUGAAAUCCAUCUACAUAAGAAUACCUACUGAUUUUAGAUGCCCAGUUUUAGGCAUUACUGCCUUUUUUUUUAUAUUAAAGUUUAAUGUUGGGUUUUUAUUAUCCAUCUCUAAUAUACUUCUAUAAGAGUACUUUGAUUAAAGAUAUAAGGAUUCAAGUGUUCAGUAUAUUUGUUAUAGAUGAUUGCAGAUGUUUUUAAGAAAUUGCUUUUAAUGAAAUGUUACUAAUUGUUUUUUGUGAUUAUACUAUGGUUAUAUUUGCAUUCCCAUCAAUAAAACUUCACAUAUAUGACAUGCCCUGAUUGGGUUUUUAACUUCAAUAUGCUCAUUAAUGGUCUUUACAUCCUAGAGAUUUCUGGUUUUCUAUUCAUUUCAUUUGGAAUUUGUUUAUCCAUAUUCAUGUGGAUAUAGCACUGUAUAUAUAAUAAAAUGGUAUCUCUGUUA